UGGCCACAGGGGGGGGGCAGUGAUCACGUGUGUGUAGAUGUACUCUCGAGCAGAAGAAACGAAGCAGAGUUUAAUAAACGAGGCAGAGUUUGAAUGAUUAAUUAUUAAUUUAUUAAGAUUAAUGAAAUAAAUAUCCGCCAUGAUGAACUGAGCAGGACUCUGCAGAUCGCGUAGCUCCAUGUUUGUCCCUGCCCGGACUCCGUCCUUCCUGUUGAGGGUGUGGACCGUAAAGAUGACUUCACAGUAAUGGAGGAGCUUCUCUUCUCUGACUCUUCAGUUAAGAACUCGGUCUAAACCGGACAAAGUUCCCGGUUCCUCCCGGUGAUGCGGAGUCGGGAUGGGAAACCUGUUCGGGAAGAAGAAACAAAGUCGCGUGACGGAAGAAGACAGGGCGGUGUUACAACUGAAACAGCAAAGAGAUAAACUGAGACAGUACCAGAAAAGAAUCAACCUGCAGCUGGGGAAGGAGCGACUUCUUGCCAAACAGCUGCUGAGAGAUGGAAAGAAAGAGAAAGCCCUCCUGUUGCUGAAAAAGAAACGUUACCAGGAGCAGCUCCUGGAGAAGACGGAGAACCAGAUCGGGAACCUGGAGCGCUUGGUUCAGGACCUGGAGUUUGCUCAGAUCGAACAGAAAGUCAUCGACGGCUUGAAAGUUGGAAACAGCUGUUUGAAGAAAAUGCACGAGGUGAUGUCUAUUGAAGAGGUCGAGCGGAUCAUGGAUGAAACUCAAGACGCCAUCGAGUACCAACGGCAAAUCGACGACAUGCUAGCCGGCUCGUUGUCUCCAGAAGAUGAAGACGCCGUCCUGGCCGAGCUUGAGGCCAUCACUCAGGGCGACAUGGAGCUGCCUGACGCUCCUGAACAUGACUUACCUGAAGUCCCCGAGGACGCCGAGAAGAAACCAGCGAGGGAGCGUUCCAGAAAGAAGCCGGAGCGCGAGCUGCUCGCUGCAUAGGAACUCGUCUGACCUCCGUUGGCUGACCCGGUGAUGACCACAAACAUCACCGGAGAACUGUCCCGCCUUCAGCAGCUGCCGUGGGGACGGGUCACCUGCAGCACGCUCUUUUAAAACAUGAAGACGUGUGACUGUUCGUCGGACUCUCUGAAGACGUUUUCACUGAAUCAUUUCAGGAGGACGCCGUGGAAGUGGCGUGCAUCAUCAGAGUCCUCCAUAGGACUCUAUGAUGAGAAUAUGUGUCUUUCUAUCAAUGAAUCUCAAUGUAAA